GUGCUGAACAAGAGCUCUGAGCUGUGCGAGAGAUAGCACAGUUCUCCAGGAGACACAUAACAACCAGACCAACAGGCAGAAAAACAAGCAGAUCAACAUGGCCUCACACACCAGCAUGAUGGAACAGCAGUUCCUGGGAGAUUUGGAAGAGAAGUAUCUCAGGAUUGUGCUGGUUGGAAAAACUGGAUCUGGGAAAAGUGCGUCAGGAAACACCAUCCUACAAAGACGAGCCUUUAGAAGCGAGAUGACUCCAGCUGGGGUGACCACCCAUUGCAAGAAAGAAAGAGGAGUGUUUGAAGGUGCUCAUCUGGCUGUGGUCGACACUCCUGGUCUGUUUGACAGGAGAAUGCCUGCAGAUGACGUGAAGAGAGAGCUUGCCAAGUGCAUUUCCUUUGCUGCUCCCGGUCCUCAUGUCUUCCUGGUGGUGAUCCAGCCCAACAGGUUCACGGAAGAGGAACAACAAACGGUGAGAAUCCUCCAGAUUUUGUUUGGAGAACAAGCUGCAAAGCACAUGAUGGUCCUGUUCACCCACGGAGACGCCCUGGAGCACGAGAGAGUUUCCAUCGUCUCCUUCAUCAGUAAAGAUCCAGCUCUGAGUCACUUCGUCCAUCAGUGCGGCGGAAGAUACCACGUCUUCAACAACUAUUCCAGCAACCUUUCUCAGGUCCAGGAGCUGCUGAGGAAGAUCUCCCAGAUGGUUCAAAGAAACAACGGAAGGUCUGUCAUGGUAAAGUGGGGAUCAGGUUUGGACCUGGCCUCUCCUCUCAGGGAUCCUGCACCUCGGUCUGGUCUCCAGUUUAUGAGUUAACGAUGUGAGGACAGAUCAGGACCAGUUUCUGGAAUGCAGUACCAGGUCCAGCCAGCAGGGAGCACUCCUACCUCUGUUUUCCCACAGGUUUGAAUGUUUCUCUCCAGGUGUAACUAUAAAAACCUUUCUUUAACGCCUUUAUCUCUCAGGAUUACCCAGUCCGAUGGGCUGGUCCGUACCCAGUGCAAACCAGGCCAAAGCACUUCAAACUCAAUUCAUGUACACAUCUUUUUUCUUUACCGCAUCAUCCUACCUCUGAUGACAGAAUCUUCAUAGGUAAUAUAAGCAAACCAAACCCGUUCACACCAGUCUGAACCCGUUUACACCAUGUGAGAACCAGUCUGAACCAUUUGAAACUGGAUUUAACCAGUCGCUGCUGACACAAAUCAGUUCAAACCAGUCAUCAUCUCCAGAGACCAGGACACCCCCAGUUUGAAACUCUUACGAAAUUUAGAUUCCAAGAUUAAGUAAAAGUACUCAGGAAUACUCAGGAGCAGUGAUGAUACCGCAGUACACCAAGACGCCAUGUAACUCCGACAACAGCUGAUUGAUCGCCAAGUAUUGACCUCCUGAUACAGACAGAGAGCGAGAGAGAGAGAGAGACUGCAGUUUGUGUCUGGUUUUCACUGCUUCAUUAAGUAAAGUGAGGUUUGUGUGUGUGUGUGUGUGUGUGUGUGUGUGUGUGUGUGGACUUCCUUACUCAGAUUGAAAACAGACGUCUUCUCUCUCUCUCUCUCUCUCUCUCACUCUCUC